CUUUCUGCCAAACAUUUUAAUUGACAUCAGAAUAACUGAUGAGGUGUUUCUGACUGGAAUAUCCAUCAAUCUGACGGCUUAAUAAAUAUUCAGGCUUUGCGGUGUGGAUUGAGUGUGAGAGGGGCUCAGAGGUGACAGUUUCAGCAGUUGUCAAAAGGUGCCUUUUUUUGACCGAAGUGUAUUGCACCUUUGAGGCCUCCGGGUCAAAUCCAGCCUUCAUUCUCGGCGUCCUUCAGUCUGCUUCCUCGUCUCUCUUCAGUAUGAAUUUUCUAUAAAGGCAGAAGAACUGGAGGAUUAGUAUUUAAAAGCGAAUUUCCAGAAAAGUUGAGGACAAUAGUCCCUGAGGGCUUCGUUUAGAGCAGAAUUUGCAGAGUAAACAUGACCCUCCAAGGAAAGAACACACUCGCACUCACACCACUCAUCUCUUACUGACAUGAGUGUAUUCAGUCUAUUUCUCAGCACAGGUUUCGUACUUAUAAAAAGCAUUUAUGAGAAUUUCCUACAAAUGAGUGUUUGUGGAUAGGCUCCAGUCCCCCUGCGACCCUGACGGAUAAACAGUAUAGAAAAUGAAUGAAUGGGUGUUUGUGCAUUUUUAUCAUGACAGUAAUAUGUAUUAUUAUUCCACCAAUAUUCCACUUGUGUGUUUGAGAGGUCUGCAUGGGGCUUUCAUUUCCUGCGGAGCAUCAGAGGCCAUGUGACCUGCUGUAACCUCCUCAUGCAGAUGCAAAAACAUGUAGCAUCUCACUGUAACAUCCCGCUAAUGCGUGCAUGUUGCAUUUCCAGUUUUAUUCUUGUAACUAACAUCCCCUGUCGUUUCAGUUCCUGUCCUGUCGUCUUUCCCUCGCCCUGCCCACGAAUGGUCUCACUGCUCAACUGCCCCUGCUUUUGUCUGCAGGGACGCACAUCAUAAUCUGUUCCUGAGUUUGAAUCAGCGUCCCCCAUACAGAGAGACGUGAGCACUGCAUUUCGGAUGACUGAGACCAACAGCUCACAGCUGCGCAAGGAGCAAUCAGCCACAUGCUCUCCCUGCGCUGUCUAACAUUUCUGGGACUCCCUUCAGGAACUCUGAGCUCUUUCAGGAUCUCAGCGAGGGAGGCGGCGCGCUCUACUCGGACCCGCAACAGUUUAGUGAAAUCCCUCCCUCCUCUUUCCCCUCCAUCAGUUGGCGGAGGGCAGGCGGUGUGAAAGCAUCCUCCCCAAAGGGUACCGGACGGCUCCUCCACAACACUGUGUCGGCAGUGCUACUGCAGCGCAGCGCAGCGCAUCGGAGCGGAGCUGGAGGAGAGCAGAGAAGGGCAGCGAACAGGAGAGGAGAGGAGCAGAAGGAGGAGGAGGAGGUGGACGGACGGACGGACUGUCCCCUCCGACAGGCGGGAUUACACUCUGCAGCACCCCGUCGCUCCAACAUGCCUUUGGGGAGUACAGGAGUCGCUGGGAUUACCGCGCUGGUCGCCUCGCUGCUGCUUGGCUCCUGUGGGACAGCUGGAGAAGCAGACGUAUGUGACAGCCCGCUGGUGACCAAUCUGCCGCCGUCAUCAUUCAGAAGCUCCUCCCAGCUGACCAGCAGCCAUGGGCCGGUCUUUGCUAAAGUCAACAGGAGAGAAGGAGCAGGAGGUUGGUCUCCCCUCGUCUCUGACCGAUACCAGUGGCUGGAGGUGGAUCUGGGGAGGCGGACCCAUAUCACUGCUGUCGCCACGCAAGGACGCUACGGCAGCUCUGAUUGGCUGACGGGCUACCUGUUGAUGUUCAGCGACACAGGACACAACUGGAGACAACACCGACAGGAAGACAGCCUGGGGGCUCUUCCAGGUAACAGUAAUGCCGACACUGUGGUCCAGUAUAAACUUAAACAGCCAGUGAUAGCCCGCUACCUCCGCCUGAUUCCUCUGGACUGGAACCCCACUGGGAGGAUUGGACUCAGAUUGGAGAUAUAUGGAUGUAAAUACACUUCUGAUGUGGCCAACUUUGAUGGCAGCAGCAGCCUGAUCUACAGGCUGAGUGUAUGGCCGACCUGGACGGGGAUGGAGGUCAUCUCUCUGAAGUUUAAAACACUGAAGAACUCUGGGACGUUGCUCCACGCGGUGGGGCGGAGGGAUCACAGCCUCACUCUGGUGUUGGAGAAAGGACGGCUGCUGCUGUACCACCAAAAAGGUGUGAGUUCAUCCUCUGGUGGACAGCUUCUUGUUUCUCUGGGAAGUCUGCUGGAUGACCAGCACUGGCACUGUGUAAAGCUUGAGCGGCUCAGCACUCACCUCAACCUCACCGUGGAUGAAAACACUCACCAGGUUCACGUACCAGCUGAGCUCAGCCACUGGGACGUUCAGCAGCUAAGUUUGGGAGCUGUCCAGAGCCAUGGACUGCAGAAACCCAUUCUGUCCAUCAGGAACUUCCACGGCUGCCUGGAAAACCUGCUCUUCAAUGAGCUCAACCUGAUAGCUUUGGCUAAAAAGAACAACCACCAGGUCUCUGUUAUGGGCAAUGUGACCUUUUCUUGUGCUGAGCCAGUUUCGGUCGCUGUGACGUUCACAGAGUCCCAGAGCUUCCUCCAGUUGCCAGGACUGACAUCGUGGUCCUCGGGAGUUGUCUCUGUGGCGCUGCAGUUCCGGACGUGGAACAAGGCGGGGCUUCUCUUGACUUUUGAACUCCCGCAGCAGGGGGGCACGGUCUGGCUGUACCUGAGUGAGGCCAGACUCCGUCUAGAGAUCAAUGAAGCUGGCAGGGCCCAGCUGGAGCUCAGCGCAGGUUCAGGUCUGAAUGACGGUCAGUGGCAUUUGGUGGAGAUGAACUCCAGACAAGAUCAUCUGAGCAUCACGGUGGACAAAGACGAAGGAGCCACCGCUCACAUGAACAUCCCACUUCCUCUAACCGCAGAUAGUCAACUCUUCUUCGGUGGUUGUCCCGUUCAGGACAGCAGUGUGGACUGUUGGAACCCCUUCAGAGCCUUUCAGGGCUGCAUGCGUCUGUUGACUCUGGAUAACCAACCUGUCGACCUGAUCAAGGUGCAGCAAAGGCUGCUGGGAAACUACAGCCACCUGCAGAUUGAUAUGUGUGGCAUCAUCGACAGGUGUUCUCCCAGUCACUGUGAACAUGGAGGUAGAUGUACUCAGUCAUGGAGCACCUUCCACUGUAACUGCUCCGACAGCGGCUACCGAGGGGCCACCUGCCACAGCUCGAAAUAUGAACAGUCAUGUGAGGCGUACAAACACAAAGGCAACACAUCAGGACAUUAUUACAUUGAUGUGGAUGGCAGUGGACCAAUCAAACCCCAGCUCAUCUACUGUAACAUGACAGAGGACAGGGCGUGGAUGGUGAUCCAGCACAACAACACAGAACUGACCACAGUGCAUUUGUCCCCUGACACAAACCAACAUUUAACCCACUUUGACUACGCUUCUGGAGAGGAGCAGUUAGCUGCCGUCAUCAGCCAAUCGGAGCACUGCGAGCAGGAACUCUCCUACCACUGCAGGAAGUCCCGCCUCCUCAACACACCGGAGGGUGCUCCAUUCAGCUGGUGGCUGGGAGGUCCGGGUCCUGGUCAGGUCCAGACGUACUGGGGUGGGGCUCUGCCGGGCAGCCAGCAGUGUGCCUGUGGUCUGCAGGAAAACUGUCUGGAUUCAAACCACUACUGCAACUGCGAUGCUGACUACGACCAAUGGACUAAAGACUCGGGCCUGCUCACUCAUAAGGAGACCCUCCCAGUCAGGUCUCUGGUGCUGGGUGACGUCCAGCGGCCCGGGUCAGAGGCUGCCUACAGGGUGGGACCCCUUCGUUGUCACGGAGACAAGAACUUCUGGAAUGCUGCAUUUUUUGACAAGGAGACCUCUUACCUUCACUUUCCCACCUUCCACGGAGAGCUCAAUGCAGACAUCUCCUUCCUGUUUAAAACACCAGCCUCCUCUGGGGUCUUCCUCGAAAAUCUGGGCAUUAAGGACUUCAUCCGGAUCGAACUCAGCUCCUCCUCAGAGGUCGUCUUCUCUUUCGAUGUUGGAAACGGGCCGCUGGAGGUGCGGGUGGUGACGAGCAUCCUGCUGAACGACAACCGGUGGCAUAGCGUGCGAGCCGAGCGAAACGUGAAGGAGGCUUCACUACGUGUGGACGAGUUCCCUGCCGCCACCCAGGAGGCUCCUGCUGAUGGACACAUUCAUCUGCAGCUCAACAGCCAGUUAUUCAUAGGAGGCACCGCGUCCAGACAGAAAGGCUUUCUGGGCUGUAUCCGCUCUCUCAAGCUGAAUGGCGUCACUCUGGACCUGGAGGAGAGGGCGAAGAUCACCCCAGGAGUCCGACCUGGAUGCCCGGGCCACUGCAGCAGCUACGGCUCGCUCUGCCAGAACCACGGCCGCUGCGUGGAGAGAGCCACUGGCUUCUCCUGUGACUGUGCCCAGUCAGCCUACACUGGAUCCUUUUGUCACGAAGAGGUUUCAGCCAGCUUUAAGUCAACUACAUCCAUCGCCUACAUCUUCAAGGAGCCCUAUGAGCUGAGCAGCAACAACAGUGCUUUGCCUUCCUCCAUCUUCUCCGAUAUGAUGCUGAGAGAAGAAAACAUCUCCCUGAGCUUCAGGACCAGUCAGAGUCCUGCUCUGCUGCUCUACGUCAACUCUUUCUACAGGGAAUUCCUGGCACUGCUCAUCAACAAACACGGUGAGCUGGAAUUGAGGUACAAGUUGCACAGCAGCAGAGAUGUGGAGGUGAUAUGGAGUAGAGUCACAAACCUGGCUGACGGACGUCUGCACACAGUGACCAUCAGGAGACUGGCAGACGUUGUCUCCGUUCAGGUCGACCAGGAUGCCAAAGAGGACUUCAACUUGACAUCCGAUGUGGAAUUCAACAGCAUCAAAUCACUCAUUCUGGGCAGAGUGCAGGAGUCUGAUGAGCUGGAUGCAGAGCUGGCCGAGUUGGCCUCUCUCGGGUUCACCGGCUGUCUGUCGGGUGUUCGCUUUAACUCCAUCAGUCCUCUGAAAGCUGCUUUGCUGCACCCUGAGAGCCCUGUUAUUGUCACCGGCCCAUUGGCCCAGUCGAGCUGUGGUUCGUCCACUGCAGCCAAUCCCUACGCAGCAGAAACCACUCACUCCUUAUCAGACCAAGCUGGUUCAAUGGAUCCGGGUCAGCCUUUAGUCAAUGCCAUCAGGAGUGACUCAGCUCUAAUUGGAGGGGUGAUAGCCGUGGUGAUCUUCAUCACUGUGUCUGCAUUGGCAGUAAUGGCCAGAUUCAUCUGCAGCAGGAAAGAGACGUAUCGAAACCAGGAAGUGAAAGCAGCUCAGCCUGAAGACGACCACGAGUUCCCCUUCAGCAGCCAGGCGGACUCUCAGUGCGCUCCCACUGAAAACCAAAAGGAGUAUUUCAUUUAGCCCGAGCCCUCACCUCCCACUGACCUGACUGGACACAGUGUGAGGAUUUAACAAGAGAUCUGUGGUUUACCAGACACACAGAACCCCUCAGCCACUGAUACCAGUGACUCAACAACAUGUGAAGUCUAGAACAGAACAAUUUAUGAUUUUAUUUAUGUCCUUUUGGAGAUGUAAAUAUUUAAAAAUGUAAAUGGUAAUUUGUGUGCUUAUGAAAUAUUUCUCUGCCGUAUUGAGAUGUUUAAAAUUAUUUAAUAAAAGCAAAUAUGCAGAAUAGAUGUGAUGAUUAAAACACAACUUUGUUCCAGUUAAACUAGAUUUUUGGACUCGGUGUUAAUUUAUAAAAAGCACUUUUUCUACGAGGACGAUGAACCUUCUGUGAAAACGUGAGGUGUCACAGCGACUAACUGGAGGACUGAUGUGCAUGUUUCACAUCAACACUUAAGAGCUCAGCCAUAGUCCCAAAACCAACUUAAAUCAAUCUGUUAUAACUGAGCAUAAUUUCGACAUCUGCUGUAUAUAUGAAUACAAAAUUACAGUCACUCAAAAAAAUGAACCUCCACACUUUGUCUUUGAGUUAGU